AUGGCUCGGGCCACUCGGCUCCUCCGCGGCGCGGCCCCGCGCGCCCUCCUGCUGCCGCUGCUGCUGCUGCUCCUGCCGCCGCCGCCGCUGGCGGGGGCCCCGCGGCCGCCGGACACCCACCGCCACCGCCUGCUGAGGAGGGGGCCGCAGGCCUGGCAUGGAGCUUCCCCCAGCAGCCUGGCACCUGCCCCCGCUGCACAGGAGGCUCCUGGUCCCGCCGGGGGCCCCAGGCAGCCCCACUGCGGCGUGCCUGACCCGCCCGUGAGGCUGAGUGCCCGCAACAGAAAGAAGAGGUUCGUGCUGUCGGGUGGGCGCUGGGAGAAGACGGACCUCACCUACAGGAUCCUCCGGUACCCGUGGCAGCUGGUGCGGGGGCAGGUGCAGCGGACAAUGGCAGAGGCCCUGAAGGUGUGGAGCGACGUGACCCCGCUCACCUUCACGGAAGUGCAUGAGGGCCGUGCGGACAUCAUGAUCGACUUCACCAGGUACUGGCAUGGGGACGACCUGCCGUUCGACGGACCCGGGGGUGUCCUGGCCCACGCCUUCUUCCCCAAGACCAACCGGGAAGGGGACGUCCACUUCGACUACGAUGAGACCUGGACUGUCGGGGACGACCAGGGCACCGACCUCCUGCUCGUGGCGGCCCACGAAUUCGGCCAUGUGCUCGGGUUACAGCACACGACGGCUGCCAAGGCCCUGAUGGCCCCUUUCUACACCUUCGGCCACCCCCCGGGCCUCAGCCCGGACGACCGCAGGGGCAUCCAGCACCUGUACGGCCGGCCCCGGCCGCCCCCCAGCGCCAGGCCCCAGGCUCCGGGCCCCCGGGGUGGGGUGGACACCAACAGGCCCCGGCCGCCCCCCAGCGCCAGGCCUCCGGUCCCGGGUCCCCGGGCUGGGGUGGACACCAACGAGAUCGCGCCGCUGGAGCCGGAUGCCCCGCCGGACGUCUGCGAGGUGGCCUUCGACGCGGCAGCCACCAUCCGCGGUGAGCUCUUCUUCUUCAAGGCCGGCUUCGUGUGGCGGCUGCGCGGCGGCCGGCUGCAGCCUGGCUACCCUGCGCUGGCCUCUCGCCACUGGCAGGGGCUGCCCAGCCCCGUGGACGCCGCCUUCGAGGACGCCCAGGGCCAUAUCUGGUUCUUCCAGGGGGCUCAGUACUGGAUGUACGACGGCGAGAAGCGGGUGGUAGGCCCCGCCCCCCUCUCUGAGCUGGGCCUGCUGUGGUCCCCGGUCCACGCAGCCUUGGUCUGGGGCUCCGAGAAGAACAAGAUCUACUUCUUCCGAAACGGAUACUACUGGCGCUUCCACGCCAGCACCCGCCGUGUGAACAGCCAGGCGCCCCGCCGGGCCACGGACUGGCGAGGAGUGCCCUCCGAGGUGGAUGCCGCCUUCCAGGACGCGGACGGUUAUGCCUACUUCCUGCGCGGCCGCCUCUACUGGAAGUUUGACCCCGUGAAGGUGAAGGUCCUGGAAGGCUUUCCCCGCCUCGUGGGCCCCGAUUUCUUCGGCUGUGCAGAGCCCGCCAACACCUUCCACUAG